AUGCCCGAUGAGCUGGAGGAACGUCUCCAAAAGCAUGCCAGAAGUUUUGAUGGAUUGCUGUCGCUCAUACCGGCAAAACUCUACUACGGCGAAGAUGUCAGCGAUCAAUGGAAACGCAAGAAGCAGACACCCGAGCAGAAACGCGAGGCCAAGAAGCAAAAGCUCGAUCCAGAUAACUGGAAAAGUGCAAAAGAUGUAAUGGAUGAGCGAGCCAGCGCAGCCAAGAAGAGAAAACGUGGAGAUGAUGAUGAACAAUCAGAGAGCGAGAUUGUUGAUCUAGAAAAGCCCAAAGCUGAGCAAGAAGAUGCCCAGCACAAGACGAAGAAGCGGAAGGCCGACUCAGCCAAUGUUCAGCCACCGCAAGCAGAGUCGGAGGAGGAAAGAAUACGACGUAGAAAAGAAGCAAAAGCUGCAAAGAAAGAGCGCAAGAAGGAGAAAAAGUUGAAGGCCAAAGAGAAGGUCGAACGUCAGAAGGCACGGAAACUGGCUGAACAAGGCAAAAGCGACUCCGAUCCACCGAAGCAGCAAACCAAACCUAAGAAGAGCAAUAGCCAGGUGCAAAACAAACCCGGUCACGACUCCGACGAAGAUGAUACCGACAACGACGUUGCCGAGGAGAUAUCCAUCGAUGGUCAGCCUCUUAAUGCACUGACAAUGGAGCUGGAAGACGAAGAACCUGGUUCGGAUGCUUCGAACGACGAGCCUGCAGAUGUCUUUUCUCCUCCGCAAGAGUCUGCCGUAUCUUCAACGUCGUCCAUUCAACCUGUUACUGACGAUGGCGUGCCCCCAAAGGCACCAGUCGCUGGAGCGACCUCAAAUCCUGAUCUUCCGCCCCCCAAGGAUCGGCUUGCUGCUGCCAUUGCAAGCUUUCGCUCUCAGCGCAAGGCCGACUCUGACUCGGUCCCGAAAUCUCGUGCUGAGCUUCUUGAGCAACGUCGCCGCCAAGAAGAACGACGGCGGGCUGAGAAGAAGGAGCAAAAGCGCCGCGAGAAAGAAGAAGCCCAGCGCAAACAAGAGGAGGAGAUUGCAGCACGCUUUUCGCCAGGAGGAUCAGGGUCGCUGCUCGCGUCGCCGCGAUCACCAGUCAGCACGCCUGACGCGGAGAGCAACAACUUCAGCUUUGGAAGGAUAGCUUUUGAUGACGGUUCAAACUUUGAUCCCAACGGCGAGGGGGCAUCGGAGUCAAAGAAGAGAAAGGGCCCUUCUGACCCUUCAACAGCCCUACAGGCCGCGCUAAAGAAAAAGUCGCGUCUCUCAGGACUUGAUGCAGACAAGCAGGAGCGUAUCGCGUCACAGGACAUGUGGAUGAACGCACGCAAGCGGGCCUCUGGCGAGAAGGUCAAAGACGAUACAUCAUUGCUGAAGAAGGCUUUGAAGAGGCACGAAGGCCAGAAGAAGAAGAGUGAGAAAGAAUGGACAGAGCGAGACGAGGGGAUCAAGAAGAGCAUCGAGAUGAGGCAGAAGAAACGAACAGAGAAUCUGGCGAAGCGAAAGGACGAGAAGGGCAAGGGCAAGGGCAAGAAAGUCAAGCGGCCGGGCUUUGAGGGUAGCUUCAAGGGUCGGACUGGCGGCAAAAAGGGCAAGGCGUGA